AUUUACAGGUCAAAUCAAGUCACGCUCGCGGGUUGAUUAAGGUCGACGACAUUGACAACAAGGCUGUCUUCGCAAGGCUGAAUCGGCUCAAAAAGGAAAUAUUGGCGAAACAAGCACGAGCAUACCCAUACCGACGUCUUAGACGUGUAAACGCGCACGCCUGUAACCACUCUUGCUCCCUGUCGACCGAGCAAACCUGUCGCAUCACGGUGUCUCGAAGCUCCGGUUCAUUACGAGUAGGAUCAUGUCCAUGUCAACCUGAAGCCAUGUUGCCUUAGUGAACGCCUCGACCCGUUGCGCGCAGCAAGUGUUGACUAUACACCGGCCUAUUCUCCCCUACUACGUGUCGACUACCACCAUGUCUCGAUCGCCGUCGCCUCCCCGCAAAUCGGUCAUUGAUCGCCAAACUACGGCACCCUUUCUCCUGAACUUCUGCUACAGAACCUCCGCAUUUCACAACCUGGCAGAUUUUCCCGUACCCACUCCAUCGAAUCCUCAUCCUCAUCUUCCUGCGCAUCUACAAAUCUAUACAUGGAUGUCAUGUACACUCCGCGAACUGGCACAUUUGUUGACGCAAGCACUUCCUCAUGUCUUACCUGAUCCCAGCAUUGGCACCAGAUUGAGCUUUAGGCUAGUUUAUCCUGAUGUCCACGCAAGUCGAGGGAUGGGAGGGAGGCUGGAAAGUGAAGGCCGGGGUCGAUACUUGAGCAAAGAGAUUGGCAGUGUGGUUGUGUCGGCACCGGAGAGCUCUAAUGGCGAAAAAGACGGCACUUUCAGCUUAGAAGGAGAGGAUGCGGAAAAGACGCUGGAAGAUGCGCGGUUUGUUAUUGGCGACUUUAUCGAUUGUGCAGUGUUUGCUCCAUUGAGCGACGGGACCGUGGUAAGCCGAACAAGCGUUAGCGGAAGAGGUGGUCCCAGAGAGAACGGCUUUGGGCGCGGCAGAGGGGGUAGUUAUGGUUUUGGAAGCAGAGGGAGCUACAAUGGGAAUGGCCCAAGAGGCGAAUUUGGUGGACCUGCAACUAUACCCAGUGGUGAAUGGCGGAGAGGAGAGAGGUUACCCGAUGGUGGGUUUCGAGGAGGCAGAGGUGGUAGGAGAGGGCACUGAAGACACGAGGUGGUGGUCUGGGCUUGAAUGUGGCUCCUACCAGUUGUCACUCCAGUGCCGUCGAAUACCUCGUGAUUGAGGUUGGUCAUUCUGCUCUAUGAGAAAUAAAGCACGAAAUGCCUCUCAGAACCAGCUACAAGGUCAAGGGCUGAAC